CGUCGAAGCAACAAAAGUCUUCUUCCUGAGUGUGACAAACGACGUGCUUCUAGGUUCGGAAUGAUCUGUUGGAAAUUAAUUCUUUCGAUUUGUUCUUGUUGUUUCAAAGCAAAGCUACACCUCCUAAACACUGUCGCUGAACCACGGCACUUUAUAUGAACGAAAUAGAGUAUCCUGCCCUGGCCCUGCCCAAAAAUGCCGGUGGCCGCGAGCUCUACGAUCUGUAAGCUUGACGUCUCCUCCCAGGCUGUGAUCGACCGGUCGGACUCCGAUCCGCGGACGAUAUGCGGCGACAAGACGACGAAGAAGCUGAAGCACCUGCACAGUGGCUCGCUUCGCCCGGACCUGGGGCCGUACUUCAAAUGCCAGCGGGAGUUGUACGACAGUGGAAAAGUCGCGCUGAACGUCGAGGAGGACGGCAGCGCGUUCGCGUACUACCCGAACGGCAAGCGGGCGAUCUGCGUGUCGCAGGCGCAGAAGGCGCGACGCUUCUCCGCGAUGUUCUUCGGGAACGAGCAGGGCAGUCCGUGGCUCGGAUCCAUCAACGAGUGGGGUUUGGGCAAGAUCGAGAGUGCGGCAGACGAGGGUGGGAGCAUCUACCGAUUCGUUUCGACCCGCGACGCCGUCUCGGUCACAAAGAAGUCCGCGGAAACCGGAGCCGUUUUGUCCACCGAAUCGGUUCCGUGGGCGACCGCGGUGGAUGACAGCAGCUUCCAACGGAUCCAGAUGCCCGUGGCGGCGUCCUCCACGGGCUCCAUCACGCUCCGCGUCUGUUUCAACCGGUUCGCGAAGCACAAGGCCGAGACCAGCCGCGGGCCGGGCCGCACCGGCGUGCUCGGCAGCCAGCCGCAGACCACGGGCGUCAUUCUGGCGGAUUUCCGGGCGGAGAAGGUGAAGCACACGUUUGUGCUCGGGAUCGUGCCGCCGUCAUUGUUCGACCCAUCUAACGCCGGGCUGGCGCUUUUGCAGAUAAAAACGAUGCGGCACAGCGACCCACAGCAGCACGCCGAGGACGUGCGGUUAGAAACCGCGGGGAUUCUGGAAAGAACCUCCGCGGCUUUGAGCCGUGCGCAGUCGGAUUUGACGACGGCUCUGCCCGGAUCCCCCGCCAAGAAGAUGUCAACUAGUACCAGAGGCGGUGGAUCCUCGUCCAGCUCCGCGCUGCACCAUCAGACGGUGAAUGUGGACCCGGUGACGGGCAGACACCUGUUCGGCACGAUCAAGGAUAAGUUUGCGGCCGUGACGGGAGCCGCGCCGGUCACAGACCUUGACGGCACAUUUGAGAACCUCACGUUGAAAUUGACGAAAAACCGGGUGGAGUACAACGUAGAGCGAGAGUUGGCGCAAAAGGUGGCGAAGGCAAACCCGACCUUUCCACGACUCGCCGGGUCGAUGACGAACGAGACCACCGGGGAGUCGGCGAAAAUUGGGAUCAAAUACUUGAGUGGAAAGCUCAUGCUCGGAGGGGAGUCCAAGUUGAAAGCCAGCAAAGGGAUUGACGAUGGGGUAGGUGGUCCUACCUUUGUGAUAAAAUGUUUCUCUUCGACGGUUGAACAAUUAUGAGCAUAACGCACAUCGACGAUGUUGAGGUUUGGGAGAGCGAGAAAUUUGAUUUUUCCACGUAACAUCGUAUACACAGCACAACCGCUGGUUCUAUCCCAAGACGGUGCAGACGCUCAGCCACGACGAAAUGGAAGACGCUUUGACGCGAAGUAAGGCCAAAAUGUUUGUCGUGUGUUUUCACGCACCGUGGGAUCCCCAGUCGAAGCACGCGGAGAAGCUGAUGCAGGUGGCCUGUGCCUGCGCGAAGAAAUUUGAGAAAAGCAUCGACUUCGCAAUGGUAGACAUGGCGGAAAGGGGGGCGCUGAUCUCCGACCGAAGGUGCUUACUUGGCAGUCACUUUUAGAAGUGUGGAAUUAUGCAGCGAUGUUGAUGUACUAGAGACAGCACAGGAAAUGCGAAUGCCAGUGUAACGACCGCGUUUGGUUUUUUCGUCCAUCAUCAUUCACCACUUAUACACUUUUAUCUUUCAUAUUCAUUUCUAUUCACAUCAAAUCCAUCGAUGUCCACAUCAGGUUCGUCAACGAGCUCGCGCACAAGUACUCCGUAUCCUGAUUAAAAACGUCCCCACACCAGAGUCAAGAUGGGGAUUUUGCAACACAAACCUAGGAGCUUUGGGAGUCACGCAUGACAAGUUUCAGUCCGUAAGGUAGUGCAGGUUAGCAAGGAAAGCCGCAUCACAAAUCGAUCUGCUGAUCCUGUUUACAGCAUUACAAGUUCCCAAACACGAUUGGAAAUGCCUGUCGUGGGGUUGCGCAUCACAAAUGUUCCUGUCAUGGCAAAUCUGCAUGACAACUCUGGUGGUCAUGGUACAAUGGGGGGGAAAGUGUGUCGCAUUUUGUUUAGCAUGACAACUCUGGUGUGGGGACGUUUUUACUCAGGAUACUCCGUAACUGCCACGCCGUGGCUUCUGGUCUUCAGCAAGGGCGUCCUCAUGGUCUCCAAGAAGAUGACGGGUUUUGUCGAGCGCUUGCGGUUCGAGACCUUUGCCAAGCCACGCGCGCUGCUGGUAGAAAUCCCCGGCACGGUCGUCGGCGAGCGCGGCUUUCCCUACGGACCCGAAAACCAGCGGCGCAGCAAGAACGCGCUCGUGCGCGCACAAGUGGACGCGGACCACGCACUCAGCGGAAAGGACGCGAUGCUCUUGGCGGGACGCAUGACGCCACCCUAUGGACUCGUGUUCGCGAGCAGCGAAGUAGGAUGUCGUUUUUUUUUUGGGCACCUGAAUGAUUGAAUAGAUAAUUUUAUUCUCUGUUUUUGAAGAACACGUCGAAAUAGUAGCACUAGGCACCGACGACCACAUCUUCCCACACGACUCAACCAAGGUGCCUUACUCCGAGCUGGAGGGCAUUCGCGGCAUGGUGAUGCGGCGCAACCCGGGCUGCCUGUUUUUCCUAAUUCACCAUGACAAAAAGCACAUCGUCUGUCCGGAGACCCAGCACCGACUGCUCGACAACCCGGCGGGUGUGGAUUACGUAUUCCGCCGCCCGCUGGCCACGAGCCGCAUUCAGUCCGUGCUGGCAGAGCUCACGCACACCGAGUUCGCCCUUGCGGGGGAGAGCGGACACCAGUUCUGGGAUUACUUAAAGCAGCUGCUGGAGCUGAAAACGUAGGUUUUGAGAAACUACUGGAUCAGGGAGCAACUGUCAGGAGGAAAGAGGCUACCUCGGUCGAGGGCCAGCCUGACUGCUCAAAGGCCCGAGCCGGACAGGCAGGCCUGACGCAGGAGGACACUGCUGCGAGGGCGAAGAAGUGAGACGCUCCAGGUGCGUGCGUGCGCGCGUGCGUGCAUUCAUGUGGAAAGAAGCGCAGCGGCGGCGGCAAACUCAAUUCCUGAAAAGACCAAAUGCAAUCGUGGGCAGAUCUGCUGCUGCGCCUCCUCUGCUGCACAGACAACAUUUUCCCA